AUGUUACGGUGCGCACGCGUGGCGCUGCGAGCUGACCCACUGAAUGGCGGCAGUUCCAUGACGUUGGGCUCGAAAGGAAGUAAACUAUCGCCUGAACCCCAUAGGAGACGUAUGCCAUGGACUGCAGCGAAGGAAUACGUACCGGGUGUUGUUCUCAAUGCACGGGAUAAGAUGGUGCUUGAUGGCGUACAACUCCUUGAUAUUGAAAGUAUUGACCGAGCCUCGCAAUUAGAUCCGCUGGAAGUGCUUCGCGCCGUCGUAGCCACACGUGAGUACAACAUCUCCACGGGGAAGAAUAUUUUCCAACUAGCUUCGCAGGCGACUUACAAUGGGCGCGGCCAGCGGUUUUAUCGAAAGGAGUGGCAGGAAGGCACAUACGACAAGUACGUAACUCUUUCAGCCAUAGACUUUGACCGUGACGGGAAUAAAGGGACAGCAUAUGGUUACAUAACGUUCCAUGGUGAAACAACAACGCGACCGGUACAAGUUGAUUUCGCGGAUGUACCCGGGUGGUACAUGGAUUUCGUGGAAGAGCGGGCAGUUCCCUUCACUGGCAUUGUCCCGCCACCACCGAGUAUUGGAACGGAUGUGCCCGUUGAUCCACAUAGUUAUCGUCUCAAGGCGUAUCCUUACUAUGACGCACCGAACCCGCCCGAAUUCGUGGAGCGACUGCUGAAGGAUCGUGGUGUAUUGCCCGACACCCCAACUGAAACGGCUGAUGUUGAUAAAGAUCCCACCACUAGCGAUGGGUCGGUGCAUUAUGAUGGAAAGUAG